AUGAUACGAAGUUAUCUGUUACGCAUCGAACGCCUUGGGUUUAAGUUCUCUGUGUGCCGGACCCAGCAAUCGCACAGCGACCGGUGUGUGGUGCUCGGGGUGACCGCAGUGCGAUGGCGACUUAACCACGACACCUCGGGGACAGUGUCCCUGCACCGGCCGCGGGCUGAGGCCCGGCCAUGCCCACACCGUCCGGCUGAUGCGCUGGCCGCUGGGUAGUGCCGGACCCGAGCCCGGGGGCUGCGAGGCGGGUUUCCAUGCGGCUCCCCGGCGGCAGGGCCUGCACACGCCGCGGUUGCCGGGGCGACCGGGGCGGGGAGUGACCGUGGCGGAAGCAGUCGCGGUGCCCGUCCGGGUCGGCAUGGCGGCGGGAUGCCGCUGGUGGUGCUGUGCGGCCGGCCGGGCAGCGGCAAGAGCCGCCGCGCCUCGGAGCUGCAGGCGGCGCUGGGCGGGCCGGAGCGACAGGCGCACGUCGUGGCCGAGGCGGAGGGCGGGCGAUCGGCGCUGAGGGCUGAGGUGGAGCGGCGGCUGAGCCGGCGGGACGUGGUGAUCGUGGACGCGGGUAACGAGCUGCGGAGCAUCCGCUACGAGCUGUACUGCGCGGCGCGGCAGGCGGGCACGGCGCGCUGCCUCCUGCACUGCGCCGGCGGCCCGGGCCGCCCCGACGAGCCGCCCUUCGAGGCGCCGGACCCGCAGAACCGGUGGGACCGGCCGCUGUUCACCGUGCACGGGGAGGAGCCGCUGCCGCUGGACGCUAUCCGCGCCGUCCUGUUCGACAGCGCCCCGCCGCCGCCGCACCGCGCCACCCGCACCCAGCCCCUGCAGUCCUCCAGCUUCCUGCACCAGCUCGACCGUGUCACCCAGGAGGUGCUGGCCGCCGUCAUGGACGCGCAGAGGAGCGGGGCGCAGCCCGGGGAGAUGGUCCGUGUGCCCGGUGUCAGUGAAGGGCUGGUGCUGAGCCGGCCGGUGAGCAUGGCCGAGCUGAGCCGGCUGCGGCGGCAGUUCAUCAGCUACACCAAGAUGCAGCCCAGGGAUGAGAACUUGCCCCAGCUGGCGGGCAUGUUCCUGCAGUACCUGAGCCGCAGCAUCCGGUGAGCCGCACAGCAGCGGCCGUGGUCCAGUCACAGAGGCCACAGACCCUGCAGAGCCUGGACCCCAUCUAUCGCAUCAGUAGCCAGCAAGCUAUACCGCUGAGAGCAUCCUUUUGGGGAUGCUGGUCCCCCAUCCCUCUGUAUUGCCCCACUUUUAUCUUCCAAAAAGGAGAGCCACUGUUGCAUCUUCAAGCAAGUGAAGUCUCCUAUGGAGAUGUAAACGUCAGUAAUCAAACAGUAUCUGAACAUGGAAGCCCAGAAGGCACUGACCAUAGGGAAGACUUUACCUCUCCACAUUAGCAUGUGUAUGUCUUGAAUAAGAAGAUUGUUUUUCCAAGGACGUCUCCAGGUGAUGUCAAACUGCAGAAGAGACUUCAGGUCUAGGACUGGAACAGGGUGUGUUGUUAGGAUGUGACUGUAUCAAAAAAUCCCACUGAACCCAAGAGAUAGAUUUGCAAACUCUGCACUGCAGAAGGGUGCUGGCUUAGUAAACUCAGACCUCUCUGUUUCAGAUUUAACAAUAAAAUAUGUGCCUUAA